UUCGCUGCGAGACAGAGCACAGCAAAAUUAUCUCAAUGGCGCGCUUGUGUUGUAUUCUGGUUUUAUUGGCGCUUGUUGUCUACAGCGGCGCGGCACCUGCACCUGGCAAAGCUGAAGGUCGCAGCUUUGGAUUAUUGGGCGGAGGCUUUGGCGGCGGUGUGGGACUUAGCGCAGGCGUAGGAUUAAAUGCCGGACUUUACAGUGGAUUUGGUGGCGGACACGGCGGUCAUGGCGGCUAUUAUCCAGGCGGCGGUUAUGGCGGUGGCUUUGGCGGCUCGCAUUAUCCAGGCUACUAUUCCGGCGGACACGGACAUCAUCACGGCGGGUUUGGAGGCGGUUACAAUGGUUUUGGCGGCGGCUACAACGGCUUCGGUGGUGGCUACAGACCACAUCAGCCGUAUUAUCCCGGAUACGGCGGUUCCUAUGCCGGACACGGCGGCUCCUAUGGCGGACACUACAGUCAAUCGCAAUCGCACUAUGCCAACAACUACUACAAUGGAGGUGGACACGGUUUCUUUGGUCGGUAAACUGCGCCGCCAUCUGUGAUGCUUAACUCUAGUUAACUUAGUCUGUACAGCGAAUACUCGAAGUAAAAACAAAAGAUAAAUAAAAAAUAAUGAACAUGCCUGGUGUGUAA